AGGAUGGUUUGUCAAUAUUAUCUUCGCUGGAAGGCAGGCGGAGUCCGCUGAUUGGCUCCGCUAGAGCCCGAGCCCCGCAGAUCUCUUCAUGGAUUGGAUAGGGGGUUUGUCUCUUUAAAAAAUUAAUAUACCAACUGUGGGAUUGUAGACUUCGGUUUUUAGAAGAGACUUUCGAGCACUCCUGAGCGUUGGAACUCCGGAGUAGUUUUUUCCCCCCCUCUCUUCUGUGGGUCUGCAAAUUUGUUAAGAACAGGGUGAGGCAAAGCUAGGAAGGAGUCUAUGAAAAUGGAGUGGAAUUCUUUGCUCAUGCUUUUGGAAGCCGCCGAGUACUUGGAAAGACGAGAGAGAGAAGCGGAGCACGGCUACGCUUCGGUCCUGCCUUUUGACAGCGACUACAGCAGCCGAAAAACAAAAUCACACAGAAUACACACAUUUUCUGUUUUCAAUAGGUCUUCACAUAAUGAGCUAGAAAAGCAUAGACGGGCUAAACUUCGGCUAUAUUUAGAAGAGUUAAAACAACUUGUUCCUCUGGGAGCAGAUAGUACUAGACAUACUACACUCAGCCUGCUGAAAAGAGCCAAGAUGCAUAUUAAGAAAUUGGAAGAACAGGACCGAAAAGCUCUAAAUGUUAAAGAACAGUUACAGCGAGAACAUCGGUACCUCAAGCGCAGAUUGGAACAGCUUUCCAUGCAGGGCCUAGAACGAAUUCGCACAGACAGCCUGGGAUCAACAAUUUCAACAGAUUCUGAGCAAGAGGUAGACAUUGAAGGAAUCGAAUUCACUCCGACAGAAAUGGACAGUAGUGGCAGUGCCAGUGAUGCUGAAGACAGUUUGCAAAGCAAUUCAAGUGACAAUGGCUAUACAUGUUCCUACAGAUUAAAUGCGAGACUUCUGUAGUGUUUUGACUGAACUACUCCACUCAGGAUCUUCUGACUAAAGCACUUAAAAAAAAGAAAUGAAUUCCAGAGAUGUUGACUGCAAUUCUUCCAGAAGGCUUCAGCCAUAAAACUCCAAAAGGAGGCCUCCUGCCCAGGGUUUCCUGAACUAUAAUUAGUGUAUUAAACUAUGAAUAAUGUUGUCUCCAAAAUCCCAUUGUGGUUUAAUGUUCCUAAGUCACAACUCUUAAUUGCUGUAGGGAAACUGUUUUUCUGUUAAAAUGUUAAGGGGGCAUAGCAGAGGACAACACACAGAGAUGGAGCUUGGCUUUUGCUUUUGGGUUUUUUGUCUCUUGCAAAUGGGAACAGCUAUUUCAAAAAGCAGCAGAUCCAUUUUCUGUCUGUGCACAUGUGGUUUGCUCUAACCUUCUUGGAUUUGGCCACAAUGAACUAAGGAAAGUAAUACACCUUUUAAAGUCCAUUUUCAUUUGUUUUAAGUGGUUAGUGGAGAUUGCUACAGUAGGCUUCUUUCAACAUUUUUGAAACAUACAGUACUAUAAAACGUGUAUACUCUUGGCAUUAACAUGUUUAUAGUUUUUCUUCAAAAGAAAGCGAAACUUUUUCUAAUGAUUUACCGUGCAAUGAUCCCAGCUUUCUAUUUUUAUUUUAGAGAAGUAGUCUUGUAAACUUGCAAAUGCAAAUAUGCUAUCCUAGUGUAGCCUCAGAUGCAUUGUAUGUCUUGAACUUUGAGAAAGUUGUGUCCUUCUUUGUGCUUUCAGCAGUUGUUACAUAUUAAAAGUUUUGAUUCUUCAGCUUUAAUACGCAGCCAAUCCCCAUAAAUGUCUUUUUUUAUAUAUUCAUUUAUACUUCCCAUUUUCUCAGUCGUUUUCAUGAUGAUUAUGGAAGACUCUUUUUGUCACAGGAAACUAGAAAGACCAUAAAGCGCAUUCAGACAAAAAAGGUAAGCCAGAUAGAUAGCUGAUGCACACAUAUUGUAAUGUUCUUUUGGCCUCAUUGAUGGAUGCAUCAUCUACAGUAUAGAUGAGGUUGUUAACCUCAGUUGAAGCCAACUAAGGUCUGAAGAGGUAAACAGUGAAACUAUUGGAUUGGGGCCCCAGUCCUAACCCCAUUGUUUUUAAUGUUUAUCCACCAUCCCUCCCAAAACUAACAAAUUGUUAGGUGGUGCCUUUUUAUCAUGGACUAGAUUAUGCAUUAAAUAGAUCAGCAUUUUUAUUGGACAUGUCAAAGCUUAUGUGACCCAGAGUUUAUUGGGAAGUAAACAAACAAAAUUGUUUGCUUAUAUAUUACAUUGCAUUCUAUUUAUAACUGCUGUACCAAGAUGCUGAAAUGGAACAUAUGGCUUCACAACACAGUAUUCAUAGUAAAUAGGUUUGUUUUACAUAUUGAAGUUGCAGUUCUUUACAAAUGUAGGGAAAAAACCCUGUAAGAUUUAUUUAGUAUUCAUGGGUCCUUUUAAGGAGAAAAACAGGGUAAAAAUAUUUUAAAUAAAUAAAUGAAGAUGUUGAAGGGUAAAAGCUAUUUACCCUGAUUGUAGCAAUACUGCGAAGCUGUGUUAAAUACAGUUUACAUUUAGUGAAAGCAUUAGCCACUUGGUUUGCUGAAAACUGAAAACGGACCAAUUUUUAACCUUACUACUUUAAAAGUCAUUUUAUAAAACAGUUGAAAAAAUGCUGAGUAUACUUUAUGCAAGUGCUAUAUUUCUUAGUAAUUGAAAAUGGACCGAUCUUUACAUUACUGCCUUAAAGGUCUUUUUAUAAAACAGUUGGGAAAAAGCUCAGAAUACUUUAUGCAAGUGUUGUAUUUCCUGUAAAUAGAUUUCCUACCAAAUAUCUUGCAUUAUAUAUAUUUUCCCUAAUACUUAGCAUUUACUUAUAUAGAGACAGGAAAUGUAUGGAUCCAGGCCAGAGUCUCAGGGACUCUUCACCUUAGUCAUGUUUGUGCCUUGAUAAUUAUUUGAUUUAUUCUUUCUGCUUUCCUUAUUUAAAACUCUUCUGCUAUUUCAGAAGCAUUCUGCUGGAAGAAUGCUGAGGUGGUGCCAUCUUGACACAAAUGAAAGGCUGAGAGGUGGUGCAUGGAUUGGCUUGGUGUCUUUAUUAAAAUCAGAGAGACCCAUGACUAAUUCAGUGUGUGAUAUUCAUGUGUGUAUCUUUUCUGCUGAUGGAGUUCUUGUUAGUUUAAAUUAGAGUAGGCAACAUUUGCCCUGUCCAGGUAGUCGUUGAAUUUCAGGAUAGUGGCAGUGGUUAAAAACACACAUUUUCACACUAAAACCAAUCGGGAGCAUGACUUUCCACUAAAAGUGCAUGCUCUCCAUGUACCUCAUUUUAGAGGAGAACCUGGAGUUUUCAGCAACUAAAAGUGGAAUUUUUGUGGGGUGUGGCUCACAGAAGGAUUCAGAGAGUAAAAUUGACCACCAGAUCCAUCCAGGUUGCCUUUGCCUGGUUUAAAUGGUGGGAUUCAAUCCAUGUGCAUGAAGGAGUAUUCACAAAGGAGAUUCCCAUUUAUUUUAAUGGGGAGCUGCUCCAGGCAGUAGGGCCUCUAAUGCUUGGAACAUAUUGUGACAUCAGAACAAUGCCUUCUGCGAAUAAAGUCCAAAGCACCCAUUAUCUUUUUAGCAUUCUUUUGCCUUUGGUGCUCACAGUACAGAAAAUAAAUGUUGAAUACACUUCUGGCAGCUGGCAGCCCUUGUUGGUUUCCUUUCCAGUGGCCUGGGAAUUGGCAACAAGGACACUGUACUUUAGAAUCUUAUUUCUGUAGUCAUCCUUCCUUUAGCUGUGAGUCGACUCCCAAGGUUGUAAACUCCAGCAGUGAAAUUGAAAUUAAUAAACCUCUGUUAUGCUCUUUUGUUAUGCUAUAUGCAUUGCAUAUUUCUCAAAUCCUUGUCAGGAAACAAAUAGCAAUGUAAGCAUUGUGUGUAGCUGAUAAGUACUGUAAUAUUAUAUUGUGAUUACAUAUAUUUUAAUUUCCAAAUCAUGAUUUUUUUCAGAAGUUUUACUUCAAGAAGUAUUAAUGACAGAAAAUGGUUACUUACAUUGUUUAUUUUACAAUAUAGUAAAUUUAUUCAUGCCUUGCAUAAUAUUUUCUUCGAUGAAAAGCAGCUCUUGCACACAGGCUUUCAAACAAAAACUCUGAGAGAAUGGAGAAGAGACUUCAUAACGAACAUUGGCCACUCUGGUGUCUUUAAAAAGAACAUGUACAACUUGAUGAAUUCUCCUGUGCUGGCUGCCAGGGGCUUUGUAGAUAUUUUAUAUUUUCAAUAAAGACUAUGCCAGUA